CAUUUCCUUCAAGCACGUGGCUUCCUUACAAAAAUUUCGUUUUUUUCUUUCCAUUCUUCUGAGUUCUGUGGCUGCAUAUUCUCUUCCUCCGAUCAUGCGGUUCCCCACCAAGUCGGCAAACCCAAAGCUCAUCGUGUCUCUUCUCCAAGAGGCCACCCAUCUUCACGACCUCCUCCAAAUCCACGCCCUUCUCGUCAAGACCUCUCUCGACUGCAACAAUUUCGUCCUCGCCAGCCUCUUCCGCCGCAUCUUCUUCUUCUCUGUUUCGCCCGCUCAUUUGUGCUACGCUCGCUCCAUUUUCGACUUUAUCCCCUUCCCUGACGCCUUCCUCUGGAACACCAUGAUCGGGGCUUACUCGAGUUCCCAAUACCCAGAAGAAUCGUUGGCUCUUUUCCUCAAAAUGCAGGUCCAGAGUGGAGCUUUUGCCGACAGUUUCAGCUUCUCACCAGUUCUUCGGGCAUGCGGAAGGCUGAGGGAUGCCAGAAACGGUGAAACUGUACAUGCCCAGGUUGUGAAAUUUGGGUUUUGUUGUGAUGUGUUUGUUCAGACUGCUCUGGUUGAAAUGUAUGCUAAAUUGGGUAACGUAGAUAUCUCACGGAAGGUGUUCGAUGAAAUGACUGAGAGAGACUUGGUUUUAUAUAAUGUGUUGCUGGCGGAGUACAUUCGGGUUGGGGAGAUGGAGUUGGCGCGUGAUUUGUUUGAUAGGAUGCCGGAGAGAGACUUGGUUUCUUGGAAUACUAUGAUCCAUGGGUGUGCGUCACUAGGUGAUAGAACUAGCAAAAGAGGAAUAGAUUCAUGGGCUGUGGAAUGUGUGAAAAAUGGGAGAUCUGUGGAGACCUUGAGGCUGUUUCAUGAGAUGCAAUUAGCAAAUGUUGCGCCAGACAAGGUGACCAUGGUUAGCAUUUUGUCUACGUGUGGAGAUGUGGGUGCAUUGGGCAUGGGCAGGGUGGUUUAUGAGUAUGUAGAGAGAAAUAAGAUUGAAAUAGAUUUGAAGCUUGGGACUUCACUCGUGGACAUGUACGCGAAAUGUGGAGACAUAGAUAGUUCACUAAGAGUGUUUAAUCAGAUGAAGAAGAGAGAUGUGUUCGCCUGGAGCGCUCUGAUCAUAGGACUUGCGAACCACGGAUUUGGUGAAGUUGCACUAGAUUAUUUUUCCAGUAUGGUAUCUGAAGAAAUUAAACCCAAUGGUGUUACUUUCAUAGGUGUGUUGACUGCGUGCAGUCACAUUGGUCUAGUUGACAAGGGGUGGACAUACUUUAUGUCCAUGAGUGAUGUGUUUGGUGUUACUCCUGCAAUUGAACAUUAUGGGUGCAUGGUUGAUAUUUUGGGCCGGGCAGGGCAGCUUCAAGAGGCCAAAGAACUCAUCAAAAGUAUGCCUUUUCCGCCAGAUGCUAUUGUUUGGAGGGCCCUCCUUGGUGCCUGUAGAAUCUACAAGAAUGUUGAAAUAGCAGAAGUAGCAAUAGUGAAUCUUCUCGAACUUGAGCCUCAUGUGGAUGGGAAUUAUGUGCUCUUGUCAAAUGUAUACUCCCAAGAUAAGCAGUGGGACAAUGUCACAAAUGUAAGGAGGAUGAUGAAAACUAUUAAUAUUCAGAAAGUCCCUGGAUGUAGUUCAAUUGAAAUUGAUAAUGCAGUUCAUGAGUUUAUUGCUGGUGAUAAGUCACAUGAACAAUCUGUUAAAAUCUAUCAAAUGCUGGCAGAGAUGACUAAUAGAUUGAAAAUUUCUGGAUACAAACCAUUAAUAGAUUCUGUUUUACAAGAUUUUGACUACCAAGAGAAAGAGAAUGUAUUGGCUCAUCACAGUGAGAAGCUGGCAAUUGCCUUUGGACUUCUUAGCACAGCUCAAGGAUCUCCCAUUCGGAUUUUUAAGAAUCUCCGAGUUUGUGACGACUGUCAUUUAGCUAUUAAGUUUAUUUCAAAAAUCUAUGAUAGGAAGAUCAUUGUAAGGGACCGGAACCGUUUUCAUCAUUUUGUUGGAGGUUCAUGCUCUUGUAAAGAUUACUGGUGAAUCAAUGAACUAGGAACAAAUUUUUGAGGACAAGAAA